GCGAUGCCGGGUGCCGGGGCCCGUGCUGAGGAGGGCGGCGGCAGCGGCGGCGCUGGGGGUGGCGAGGGCGCGGCGGGACCCGCGCGGCUGUGCGGCUACCUGCAGAAGCUGUCGGGCAAGGGGCCGCUGCGCGGCUACCGUACCCGCUGGUUUGUGUUCGACGCGCGCCGCUGCCACCUCUACUACUUCAAGACCCCACAGGACGCGCUGCCGCUGGGCCGCCUGGAUAUCGCCGACGCCUGCUUCUGCUACCCAGGCGCCGACGAGGCCGCGGAGCCCGGCGCCGAGCUGCCCGCGCACUUCCAGGUGCACAGCGCGGGCGCCGUCGCCGUGCUGAAGGCUCCUAAUCGUCAGCUCAUGACUUACUGGUUGCAGGAGUUACAGCAGAAGAGAUGGGAAUAUUGCAACAGCCUGGACAUGGUGAAGUGGGACAGCAGGACAUCCCCCACCCCUGGGCAGUUCCCUAAGGGCCUUGUAGCCAGAAGUAACACAGAUGUUGUUUAUCCACACCCAAACACUUCUGCAGAAAAAGCCAGAAAUGUCCUAGCCAUGGAAACUGUUCCUGGAGAGCUGGUGGGAGAACAAGCUGCAAACCAGCCAGCUCCAGCACACCAAAAUCCCAUUAACUUCUACUCUCUGAGACAGUGGGGCAGCGAACUCAAGAAUUCAAUGUCAUCAUUCCGUCCUGGCAGAGGGCAUAAUGAUAGUCGGAGGACUGUAUUUUAUACCAAUGAGGAGUGGGAACUGGUAGAUCCACCUCCAAAGGACCUGGAGGAGUCUGUGGUACAGGAGGAAAGGAAGAAGCAAAUACCUGAGGGCAACAAAGGAGUAUCUGGCUCAGGGUUCCCCUUUGAUUUUGGACGUAACUCCUACAAAGGCAAGCGCCCUUUGAAAGACAUCAUUGGGUCGUACAAGAAUCGGCACAGCAGUGGAGACCCUUUGAGCGAGGGAAUGUCGGGUGCUGGCAGUGUCAGGCAGGCCUCUGAGAUGCAGCUGCAGGUUCAGAGCCAGCAGGAGGAGCUGGAGCGGCUGAAGAAAGACCUGACCAGUCAGAAGGAGCUAGUCCGGCUGCUGCAGCAGACAGUUCGGUCUUCCCAGUAUGACAAGUAUUUUACAAGUGGUCGAUUCUGCGAGGGGAUCCCUGGGGCCACACUGGACCUGCUCCACCAAAAGGAUGAUCAGAUUUUGGGCCUCAGCAGCCAGCUGGAGCGGCUGAAUCUGGAGAAGGAGAGUCUGCAACAGGAAGUGAGGACCUUAAAGAGCACAGUUGGCGAGCUUGACGAGCGGCUGGGAAUGCUGAUGGAGACCAUCCAAGCCAAGGACGAGGUCAUCAUCAAGCUCAGCGAGGGCGAGGGCAGCAUGCCUUCCCCUUCCUCAGUGCCGGGCUCUCCACUGGCUGCCCCAGCCAGCAGGGACCAGCUGGAGCUGGACAGGCUGAAAGAUAAUCUACAGGGGUACAAGGCCCAAAAUAAAUUUCUUAAUAAGGAAAUUCUGGAACUCUCAGCUCUCCGAAGAAAUGCAGAAAGGAGAGAGAGAGAUCUGAUGGCCAAGUAUUCCAGCCUGGAAGCCAAGCUCUGCCAGGUAGAAAGCAAAUACCUGAUACUGCUUCAAGAAAUGAAGACUCCAGUGUGCUCUGAAGAACAGGGGCCCACCCAGGAAGUCAUUGCCCAGCUUUUGGAGGACGCACUGCAGGUUGAGAGCCAGGAGCAGCCAGAGCAAGCAUUUGUGAAGCCUCAUCUUGUCAGUGAGUAUGAUAUCUAUGGGUUCAGAACUGUGCCUGAUGAUGAUGAAGAGGAGAAGUUGGUUGCUAAGGUCCGGGCCUUGGACCUGAAGAGUCUGUACCUCACAGAGAACCAGGAAGUUUCCACUGGGGUCAAGUGGGAAAACUAUUUUGCCAGCACAGUGAAUAGGGAGAUGGUGUGCUCUCCAGAACUGAAGACCCUGAUCCGCUCAGGCAUUCCUCACGAACACCGCUCCAAAGUGUGGAAGUGGUGUGUGGACCUCCACACAAGGAAGUUCAAGGAUGGUGUGGAGCCAGACUAUUUCCAGGUCUUGUUGCAGAAGGCCCUGGAGAAGCAGAACCCGGCCUCCAAACAGAUCGAGCUGGACCUGCUUCGGACACUGCCCAACAAUAAGCACUACUCCUGCCCCACCUCUGAGGGUAUCCAGAAGCUGCGUAAUGUCCUGCUCGCCUUUUCCUGGCGGAACCCAGAUAUUGGCUACUGCCAAGGAUUGAACAGGUGGGCACCAGCCAUAGCAUGUUCCCAGGUGGACCAGCGGGUGUUCAGAGAUCUCAUGAAUGAGAAGCUGCCUCGAUUGCACGCACACUUUGAACAAUACAAAGUUGAUUAUACGCUCAUUACCUUCAACUGGUUCCUGGUGGUGUUUGUGGACAGCGUAGUUAGCGACAUCCUCUUUAAGAUAUGGGACUCUUUCUUGUAUGAGGGACCAAAGGUUAUUUUCCGUUUUGCCCUGGCAGUUUUUAAAUACAAGGAAGAAGAGAUCCUGAAGUUGCAGGACUCAAUGUCUAUAUUCAAGUAUCUCCGCUACUUCACUCGCACUAUCCUUGAUGCCCGGAAGCUGAUCAACAUCUCCUUUGUGGACCUGAACCCCUUUCCUCUGCGUCAGAUACGGAACCGACGUGCUUAUCACCUGGAGAAGGUGCGACAAGAGCUCACUGAGCUGGAGGCCAUCCGCGAAGACUUCCUGCGUGAGCGGGAACCUGGCCCUGACAAGGGUGGCCUGGUCAGCGAUGAGGAGGAGGAUGCCUGAGUAACCCCUCCCCUAGAUGCUGCUCUUUGCUGUGGUAACCAAAGUGUGUCCAAAGUGAACUGCAGGGGUCCCUGCUCAUUUAAUGCUGGGGUGUAACAUCUGUGGCCUUUGGGACUCUGUGGGGCAGAUGUCCAAAGCCAGGCUGCACUUUCUCAUCCCACUCAGGGCUGGAGAGGGGUCUGCUCUGUUUACAGCCAGCACAGUGCCGUAGCAUUUGGUCACAUAUGUCUCAGUCCUGCAUUCUGCCUGAUCGGUGAAUCACUGUGCACUUACCAGCUGGUUGUCUCUAAGACUCUGUUUACAGCUUCUGCCAGCUGGUUUGGUCUUCGCCCCAUGAAAACUGACCUUGCUGGGUGCCUCCCAUAUCGUGACGUCUCCUGUACAUAGCAGCUGUGUGUGUCUUAAACAGCAGUACUUGGAAGAUACACUAGGGGUUCAUUGUGGCUACUCCCAUGUGGUGAGAUCAGUGUGCAGAGGGGCUUCCUUAAAAAACAAGUGCACCUUUGUUCUGGAGUGGCCUCUGCUGAAAGCCCAGGAGCUUUCCUCUGCCCUCUCAGGCUCAACCUUUCACUGUAGUUCCUCCACUUGGGGGGCCUGGCCCUGCACCAGCCUCGAGUGGGAUGGUUCUGCUGCAGCUUGCCCCAUGUUUGGCAUCUGUGGAAAACUUUCCACCUGGAAGAUGAUAUAUGAAAGCUAUUCACAUAGGGCUGGGUAGGACUCCAGGUGAACUGCCUGCCCCUGGUGAGGGCACAGAAGCAGCUGUGGGGCUUUGCAGCUGCUGGACAAGAACCCCCUGGGUGGCCAGUGCUCCUGUGCCUUCCUGCACUGGAGCUUGACAAUACUUUUGCUGAGGCCAGGGCUUAUGGGAGCUCUCACCCAGCUCCAUGCGGCUGCUAGAUAACCUUGUUCUUGGUGAAGAUAUGGGGUUCACGUGGUCUCUGAUGUGGUAGGCUGCCAGGUCUUGACUAUUCCCCCCUGCCCCUUGAGACCAUCCCUGAGGUUUGGGUGUUGUAAGUGAAUGUGUUUUGACACAGUAUUACUCAGUACAAGAGAAAUAGUCUUACAUGGAGUAUUUUACACUACUUGUAUGCUGAACUCAGCUUGUAGCUUUGGUAAAGUUGCUUCCUUACUAUGCAGAGAGCUGGUCUCUCUAUUCAGCCACUUCUCUGUUCAGGUGUCAGAAACACAUCUUGCUGUUAUGUAUGUGUUGGGACUGGUUUUUGAGGUUCAGCUUCUCUGGAAAGUAGCCCAUGAAUGGGGAGCCAGUCUGCCACUGUUGUCAGGUACAGGCCACCUGCUGGUGCACCCUAUCCGUCCUCCUCCAGAGAGGCUGUUAGCUGGGGACAGCUGCUGAGAAGGCACAGGGAACAGUGGCAGGUGCCUCCUGGGUCAGCUCUAGAUGCCCCCAGAUUUUAGUUUCCAAGUCAGUUUCCCACACAAGGUGCCAACCCAAGCUGCCACAUUCAGGGGCCAAGAGUAGCCCCUCAGGAACGUUCAUGUUUGGUCCACCUUCCCGUGGAAUAGUGCUUUGCCAUAGCACCUGUACAGCGGGGCUGCUCUGUGGCCAGGCAGCGUGCGAGAGCAGUGAUCCUGGACAUGGACUGGGUGCCCUCCUGGAUGGGCGGUGGCGGGUGCAUGCUGGCCCAGUUCCAGGCUGAACCCGUUUUUGCAUCAACAUUUCCCACCCUGUUCUGCAGCUGAGGAGACUCAUUCCUGUCCCUCACACUGCUGUCUGAAGAGCACCUUCUGGCCCUGACUGUGUACAUGGUUCAUCUUGCAUGUGGUCUCACCUGCUGGCCACAUGCACGUGCCAGGGCUGGGGAAGGCGCCAGCUUUGCAGUGGUUUCUAUUGUUUUUCAAUAGGUUGAACCUGUUGAUACUUUUGUAUAUUUUUACUACAGUUUAUAUUUUUGUAGGCUAUUUUAUCAAGUUUUUUCUAGAUUCUGUACAUCUAUUUUCUAUAACAAGUUCUAUUUUGUGUGCCCCACCCCCUUGCAUGUAUUUAUGUAAGCCUGAGCCUCCCCAUUGCUCUUCCCCCUAUGCCAUCUUUAUCUCCAGCCAUGCGCUCCGUGUCUACGUGGAUUCUAGCCUCACCCCCGGAUUGCAGAAAACGCUGGUUUCUGCUAAGUUUCAUUGACACAGGAAGCACCAUAGGCAAACCCCAGUCAUGCUUUCCUAUUGAAGUGUUUGCAUUGUUGCAUGAGCCCCCCUCGUAUACAGUGUUUUUGUGCAGUAGGUCGCUGUCCCUCCAUAUGACAGCAGCUUCUGUACUGAUGUUCAGGUUAAAAUAAACUUCUUUAAGUCAU